AAACCGCAGAUUCAGUCCGCGCUGAACCGUCGUGAAGCGCGGAUUCGGUGUGACGUUCGGCGUUCGUUCCACAUCGAAUCGAUUGGCGUUUGUUCCACAUUUGCCGUUAACUUUUGCAAUCGUGUGACGUAAUCGAACGGUUUUCACAUUUCAUAUUUCUGAAUGGACUUUGACGAAUGUUGCCACCUUCGGAGACUGUAUCAUCCGAGAAAAUCCCAUCCGAAAGCUUGAAGACCUCAUCCAGCCAGAGUGAGGCACGAUGAAGGAGGUUCAGGAGCAGCAGCAGCCAGAGUCAAUGGAAUCCAACGAGUCAGUUUCCAGCUCAAAUGAAUACGCCUAUCGACCGCUCACGACGAAGCACAGAAGAGCUGGAAGUACCGGGACAACUGGAGAUGAAGAGUAUACUACGGACGAGGACGAGCUUUAUACGGAUGAGGCUGACUGCUCGAUUGGUGCCUCGCAUCCGCCUCAUCCCAUUCUCAAGUCGGAUCUCGCGAGAGCAGCCACAGAUCUCUUCGGAUAUGCCAGCAAGCGCGAGGAUGAAGACGAGGAACCCACUAGUCUAUUCGACGAGGAUGACAAUAAGUUCCUAGGUGACAGUUCCAGCUCAAGCAAAACUCCAUUAUUCACGUACAACGACAAGCUGCAAGGAGGAGUCUUAACGAGACAUCGAGCUCCAUCGGAAGAAAAGAAAUCAUGCGACAAAGUAAAAUCUCAUGAGCUAGAAGCCUUGGAGUCUCAAACGCAAUUCAGCAGACCUCUGGAUUUUCGGUUGAAUGAAGUUAAAUCCGCAGGAAGAACGAAAAACGAGACAGCUGAUACGGACGUGACGAAAGACCAUUCUCAUGAGUCUCUGAAGAAAUUCUCUCUUCCUAAAGAUACGCAGUUGGAAGCGUCAAAAGCACAAAAGCAAGAAGCAUCGUUAUGCGUUUCUAACAAGAUCAGCAGUCCUCCGUCGCCUACUACUUUGCAAUGGGGGAGGGCAGUGGCGGAGGUAAAGGAACACGCGGUGGCGAAACUGCAAGAGGAACUUAAGAGAGCUCACGAGGAAUUGAAAUUGAAGGACGAGGAGGUUGCUAGGCUCUCGCGGAUCAGACAAGACGUAGAAGCCGAGCUCGAGGAACUCACUGCCAGUCUCUUCCAAGAGGCACAUAAUAUGGUUCGAGAAGCUAACGUACGUCAGGCGACGGCAGAACGUCUUCUGGAGGAGAGUCGCAUGAAAUCGGAAGUGCUCGCGGCCGAAGUAGCAGCUUUGAAAACUUUGGUGCUCACAUCUACGCCAUCGAGACCCAAUCCUCAUUUGCACCCUCAAAUUGACACAAAAGGACGGGUUGGCAGUGGAGAAGAGAGUCAACAAGGACUUUUCACAAAGAAACAUCGAAGAUCGCCGUCCCAUUUUAAUUUGAAAUAUGGUCGAGAGACUUCACCGCCCGAUUCGCCAGUGAAAGAACAAAGGCCGCCUUUACCGACUGACAAGGAAGCGCUCGAAAGAGACUGGAAGCGAGAUCGCGAGAAGGAGAAAGAAAGGGAGUGUAAGGACUUCGGUUUAGAAGUUGAUCCGAGAGUGCACACCGAAUUCCUGAGAUGGAAGGCGAAUCCCUGCGUCGACAAAAGCGAUUGCUUCGUCGCGCGAGUAUUCAGAGAGGACAUUGACCUCUGCCUUGACUUCCCUAAUAAAGAACUAGGAGCCAAAGUCAGGCAAGCCGUUUUGGACGGCAUCAUAUUUAUUGAAGCGGUCAGCGACAAAACGAAGCUUGCUUUUCCCAAAAAAUGUGCACUGUUAGAGGCACCACGGCAAUGUCAUUAUCGGAUGCGGCUUGGUGAUCAGGAGAAUCACUGGUACUGCAUUUCGCAAAUCUGUCGCAAUCGCAUUAUAGCAGUAUGUGAUUUUCUGAAUUAUCUGAGAUAUGUCGAGCGUGGUCUUGUUAAGAGCUCAGUUCAUGACGUUUAUUGGGAGAUUACGCGGCUGAGAAAGGAAAUGGUAUUUGCACGGUUGGGUCUGGCGCUGUCGUCCUGAGGUUCGCGUAGACGGGAUGUCAUCUAAUUUCGAAUCAGUUCGAGCCAGGAAGUUACUAACGUAGGAACAGAAUCAGUCCGUGGAUUGCGCAGAAAAUCGACAUAAUUUAACGAUCUCAUCGAUUAUCGGUCUUUUGCGCAACGAAGGUAUAGUGGCAACCAUUUUGGAGGAAUAUCUAGAGUCUCUUUAAUUCUGUAAAACAGAAAUCGCUGUUUCCAGGAAAAUUACGCCACUAUUCAGGAAAUUGUUUAUUGUUUAUUCAUCGUUGUAAAAUAUUUUUAGUUUAUUCAUGAACUUGCCCCUUUACAUAUUCACGUACAGCUCAUGAUUAUUCAGCGAAUAAUUCUACCACAUCGAAUUAUUUCUACAUGCAAAGAUAUAUACGAGAGCACAUUUGAUACGAAGUACUCAGUUUUACGGCACGUGAAUUUCUUCGAAAUAUUGGUCGUGCUCUAGAUCUAGUUGCUUGCGAGCAAGCUAAAGUGUUGACGAAGCUGAUUACAAGGCUGUGAAUGAUCUUAACGUGCUGUGAGAUCAGACAUCGUCGACGGCUCUCCUACACGAGGAAUGUAAAUAACAAAAGAGAUUUUCGAAAUAUAUUAUUAUAUCAUUUUUAGAGAUUUACUCGAAUCUCGUAAAACUUCUUGUUAGAUUCAGGUGGAUUACGACGGUUCAAAUUCUAAACUGUCUAUUCCAUGAGAUAGUUGACGAUUUUAACAAUCAUAUUUGUAUGUAUACGUGUGUAUGUUGCGUGUAUGCGCGUAUGUGUGUGUACAGAUACAAGUUUCCGGUCGCGAUUUGGUAUCAACACAUCGACAAGAAGAAAAGUUCGAAAGAAUCCUUAAAUUAUUUAUGUUAAUUAGAUAUGUGUUUGUGUUAUAUAUGGAUUGUAGUUAAUUCGUUGUUGUAUUAUACCGUUUUUAUUGUGUCUUGUUUCACUGUAUUAAUUUAUUAGUCUGUACAUUAUAUUAUUAAUUGCACUCUAACUAAUAUCUUCUAUUGUACAAUAUUAAACGAGGUCUGUGUAAUUUUAUUGAAACUUCAUCGUGUUCGUACCAAAUCUCGAGAUCGUAAAAUUGUCAUUUAAACUUACAAUUAGUUGACACUCUCAAUUAUUGGAUCAUGACUGCAUGUACUUUCGAUAUUAUUACUCUCUUAGAAGAGAGUUGUAUCUAUGUGGACCAUAUGAAUCUCCAAAUUCUAUUUAAUGUAAUUAGAACUCGGAACUUCCACUACAUCGUACAAUGAAUCUACAGAUUUCUCACAACGCGCGUCUGACUGUGCAAAAAUAUUUGUUUCUCUAAAAAUAUUGAUAUUGUAUAUUGAAAGUAUAUGUUUGUUUUUCCUUUUUUUAGGAAUCAUGUUAAUAUAUCAAUCAAAACUGACAUUUAUAUAUUUUCUGUUUUGCUAUAUAAGAUAUAUGUAUACAUUUUGUUUAUUACGAAGGUAGAGACUUCCAUUGCUAAAUUAUGCUAUGCCAAUUAAUUGCUCGAGGUAAUAAUCUCUGUAAAAGUUUUCUGGUCAAUAAGGUUGAAGACUUGAAUCGUUGAAUUAUAGAUGUACAGAUAAAUAAUUAUUCUAAUAUUGCGAAGACGAUACCGAUCUGUUGAUAAGAUUUUUAUCUCAACUCUAUUGUCUUCCAUUAUUUAUCGCUCUCAUUACUACAUCGCGCUCUAUAUGCAAGUAAAGUUGAACGAAGGAUUUAUAUAAUUAGUUAAUCGUUUUAAUGCCAAACGUACAACUUGUGGCCAAUGAUAAAAACGAACAUAAUGUCCUUUUUUCCUGUGGAAACAUGGGAGGCAUAGAAAGAUUUCUUAUAAGCAUUUCCUGUGAAUAGAAAAUCUGUUAAUUGUACAUCAAGUGUAAAUAUAGAAUCUUCUAAUAUUAUUUCAGGUAAAAACUUGUAUUUAAAAAUGAAAUAAAAGUUAUCGCCAUUGUACGACGAUCGAUUAUUGUAA